AACAACAUCCAGGUUGUGUCUUUGUAUUCCUGUUUGGUUUAAGAGCUGUAUAGCUGGCUUUUUGUUUGGGAUAUUUUUAUCUUUGGUAAUUCCCACCGAUAUAAACUGUAUGAUAAGCGUUUCCGCUGGCCGAAGGCUUUGAAGAAAACACGAUUUUGAGGAAGUAAAGGAGGAGAGCUGGAGCCGGGGACGCCGGAUCUCUGAUGUGACCGUGUCCCCCCACCCACCCCCUGGCAGCCAUGAGUAACAGCCACCCCCUGCGGCCCCACACCUCCGUCUCGGAAAUCGAUCACGUGCACCUGCUCUCGGAACAGCUGGGUGCACUUGUGCCAGGCGAGGAAUACAGUGAUGUCACCUUCAUUGUGGAGGGCAAGCGCUUCCCAGCACACAGGGUUAUCCUGGCAGCCCGCUGCCACUUCUUCAGAGCUCUGCUGUAUGGUGGUAUGAAGGAGUCGCAGCCCCAGGCAGAGGUGCCCCUAGGGGAAACACGGGCAGAGGCCUUCUCCAUGCUGCUUCAAUACUUGUACACGGGCCGGGCCAGCCUCAGCUCAGCCCGUGAGGAAGUGCUUCUGGACUUUCUGGGCCUGGCACAUCGCUAUGGCCUGCAGCCGCUGGAAGACUCCAUCUCAGAGUUUCUGCGGACCGUGCUGCACACCCACAACGUGUGCCUGGUGUUCGAUGUGGCCAGUCUCUACUGCCUGAACAGCCUGAGCGCCGCCUGCUGUGCCUUCAUGGACCGGCACGCACCCGAGGUGCUGGCCUCUGAAGGCUUCCUCACACUGUCGAAGACGGCACUACUAACGGUGGUGAGAAGGGACUCGUUCGCUGCCAGCGAGAAGGAGAUCUUCCAGGCACUGUCCCGCUGGUGCCGGCACAACGGUGAUGCCGAGGCACAGGAGGUGAUGGCGGCGGUGCGUCUGCCCCUCAUGAGUUUGACAGAGAUGCUGAAUGUGGUGCGACCCUCUGGCCUCAUCAGUCCCGAUGACCUGCUGGACGCCAUCAAGAUGCGUUCCGAGAGCCGUGACAUGGACCUCAACUACCGCGGCAUGCUCAUCCCAGAAGAGAACAUAGCUACCAUGAAGCAUGGUGCCCAGGUGGUUAAAGGUGAGCUGAAGUCGGCGCUGCUGGACGGAGACACACAGAACUACGACCUGGACCACGGCUUCUCCCGGCACCCCAUUGAAGAGGAUGGGCGUGCUGGCAUCCAGGUCAAACUGGGCCAGCCCUCCAUCAUCAACCACAUCCGCAUUCUCCUGUGGGAUCGGGACAGUCGGUCAUAUUCCUACUACAUUGAGGUAUCCAUGGAUGAGCUUGACUGGGUCCGUGUGGUUGAUCAUUCCAAGUACCUGUGCCGCUCCUGGCAGAACCUCUACUUCUCUGCACGAGUUUGCAGGUACGUGCGCAUCGUGGGAACUCACAACACUGUUAAUAAAGUGUUUCAUCUGGUUGCCUUCGAAUGCAUGUUCACUCACCGGCCGUACACCCUGGAGAAAGGGCUCCUGGUGCCCACGGAGAAUGUGGCCACCAUCACGGCCUGUGCCAGUGUCAUUGAGGGUGUCAGCCGAAGCCGCAAUGCCCUGCUCAACGGGGACACGCGCAACUACGACUGGGACUCGGGCUACACGUGCCACCAACUGGGCUCUGGGGCCAUCGUCAUCCAGCUAGCCCAACCCUACAUGAUAGGCUCCCUCAGGCUGUUACUGUGGGACUGUGACGAGCGCAGCUACAGCUACUACAUUGAGCUGUCCACCAAUCAACAGCAGUGGACGAGGGUGGUGGACCGCACCAAGGUGGCAUGCAGGUCGUGGCAGACUCUCACAUUUGAGAGACAGCCUGCUUCUUUCAUCCGCAUUGUUGGGACUCACAACACGGCCAAUGAGGUGUUCCACUGUGUCCACUUUGAGUGUCCAGCCCAGCUGGAUGCGGAGGUGAAGGAAGGCAGUCCUGGCCAGGGAUCACCUGAUCCCAGCUCUGCUCCUCAGCAGCCCCGCCCACCCAGACCUCCUCGUUCUCAGACACUUUCCCAAUCGCAGCCCUCACCCCACCAAGCCUCCUCCUCCUCUUCGUCUUCCUCACAGUCGCACCACUGAGGCACUCGCCCACAGCAAGCGAGCACUUUAGCCCCGAGUGAAGAAUGAAAACCCUGCCUUUUGCACAGGCCUCCAGGGCUUUAGGGGGCGCUGCCCUGUGCUGCUACGCAAAUUUAUUUAUGACUUAAUGGAUUGAGGUGGCGAUAGUGAAGAUAAUCUGUAGUGUUGAAGGGAAACUUUGGUCCAUGUUGGGCUGCACUCGUUUUCUUCUGAUCGUAUGCAUGAAGGAUUGGAUUUGAUAUGUUGUUAGGCCAUCUACAGUCAUUCAGCAUCAUUUUCCGCUUAUUCAAGUAUCACAUUGUUCUGCUGAAAUGGACUAAAACACUGCCCACUGGCUGCUCCCCAGUCUGAUAAGGCAUCAUCCAAGGCUUUCAUAUAAGCCAUACUGUAGUAAAUGUUUUGACUUGGCCCCUCCCUCUUGCCCCAGGAUGCCAUUUUAAAAAUAAUAUUCCUUUUAGAAGAGCCAGCAAAGCCUUUAACCUGGUAACACAGAUUUACUCCCAGUCAGCAGCACUUUAAACGGAACAUUAAAUAACACAUGCCAUGUCAUCUUUAAAGACGGUGAACAGAAUGUGAGCUGUACUUUGUGCGGUGGGGGGGAAGCAGGCAUUUCAUUCCAGUGGAGCCCGAAGCCUGGUGUUCAGGUAAAAGGGUUUUUCGGCAAUCCAUGGCAUUGUCCGACAGGUGAAGCAAGCAAGAAAGAGUCCGAGUUGGUACCAAUGUUCCACACUACCUAAACCUUCCAGUACAAGUUUUGUGGUGAUGUUUUUUUUUUUUUUUAAAUUAGCAGGCUGUUUUGUGCUCCCUGAGGUCACUUUAUCUGUGCCCGUGAUUUCCGGGAGUCCUCUUUCACUGACGAUUCUACUCACUUCCUUUAAACGGUACAGCUGCUCUACUCGGUUUCCUACCCUUCUCUCUGCUCUGCCUUCAUCCCCAUAAAUUUUUCUUCAGCACUCUUGGGGUAAAGGGCCUGUCAAAUGCUGCAGGGUUCUGCAGGUUGCCAUGGCAUUUAAACUGUAGGAGUGUGAAAGAGCAAAAAGGGCAGCAUGGGAUGAUGAACUUGUUUUUCUUGCGGUAGAUAUCCUUCCAACACUGAAUGCUCUUUAACGAAUGUUAUUUACUUAGCUGUGAUUUAAAAUUAGUAUUAUUGUUACUAUCAGAGAUAACUAUAUUAAUAUGGUGUAGAGUGCAGAGUGCAGUUGGUUUACAUCAGUCCAGGGAAAGCAAGUUCGUGGACAACAGAGCACUGAACUAGACUGAGCACGAACCCACAAAUGGAACUUCUUGGGUCGGGGCUGCGGAUUAACGACGUUUCUUCCCACCGCACCAAUUCCCUGCCCUGCCGCACCCUUCAACUCUACCCCACUGGCUGCCUCUGCUGUCAAACUUGUACACUUUAUUAAAGCAAUGGUUU